GCCAAUCGUUAGUCUAAACACACAGCAAAAGUUUCUCGAAGAGUUUGGAUGUCCAUUGACCAAACAAAGAAAAUCUUAGUCUUUUAACAGAAAAUCGAAGUCUUACGCUUCCUUCACGCCAUUAAACAUCAGCCACCCAAGUCUACAACCUUGACUCUUAAGUUUCUAAGUUUAUUUCUAAUGAAGGAGUUGGUAACCAUGAUAGCCGACCUCCAUAUACAAUUCCCAAGUUCAAGCACUAUUAGGUUUCAAAGCCUCAAUCUUUGAAUAGCUUAAUCCUCCAAUAGUUCCAACAAAGAAAACUGUUAAGAAAGUAGGAAGAGUGGUUCACCAAAUCAAACCUCUUUCCAAUUUGUCCCUUUCUUCCUUCCAUUUCCCUACAAAAACCACACAGUUCUCCUCCAAAAUUUCACAAAUCAAACUCUCUUACCUUCUGAGUUCUAAUCAAAUAAACUAACUUUCCUCUUUACCAUUCCAAGAAGUUGUUUUUGUAUUAGUCCUCUAUAGCAGAAUGGAAUACACAAGGAUGGUGGUGGGUCUAGUUGCGGUUAUCGUUGCUGUGCACUGGGCAGGAGCAGCUGCACAGUCUGACUGUACAAAUGUGCUGAUCAGCAUGGCGCCUUGCCUGAAUUAUAUUACAGGGAACUCCUCUACCCCAUCACAAUCAUGCUGCACACAGCUUUCAAAUGUUGUCCGUUCAAAUCCACAGUGCUUGUGCCAGGUCCUGAAUGGUGGUGGCUCGUCGCUUGGGGUGAAUAUCAACCAAACACAGGCCCUAGCUCUGCCCCAAGCUUGCAACGUUCAGACUCCAUCUGUCAGCAGCUGCAAUGUUGAUUCUCCCGCCGGCUCUCCAGCAGGUGCACCAGACUCUUCAAACAAUGUUCCUUCAGGAACUGGAUCUAAGACUGUUCCAUCGACAGACAAUGGCUCAUCAGACGGAAGCUCCAUCCAUAUGUCAAAACCUCUACUAUUCUCCAUCUUGUUGGCUUCUAUAUAUGCUUCAGCUUUCAAGUUGUACUGAUCUUAUCAGUAGCCUCUUUUCUACAAGUUUGGUUUAUUGCUGGUCAUUUAUUGCAUUUAGAUAUUUUUUGGAGUGUCCAUUAUUUUAAGCAUCCCUUUUGUUUAGGGUGUUUUAUUCUAUCUUCAUAUUCUCCUCAUCUGGCAUUUGUUUCCAUGAACUUUGUAUUGUAUCAGAGAUUCUUUUGAAUAAAAUACAUGAUCGUGUGCUUGUGAGUAAA